AUGGACAACAACGGGCAAUGGUACCCAGGGCCCAGUGCCCCUGUCGAAUACCCAUCGGCACCAGCCUUCCAACACCAACACCAGUGGCCUGCACAGCCAGCCAUGUCACAGCACAUCAGUCCACAGCAGGCUUUUGAGCAACAGGCUAUGCAACAACAAGCCAUGCAACAACAAGCCAUGCAACAACAAGCUAUGGAACUUCAGACUAUGUCACCCUGGGAUUUCCAACCCCAAGCCUUCCAAUCCCAGGCCUUCCAACCCCAGGCCUUCCAACAACAAGCCUUCCAACAACAGGCCUUCCAAGAUCAGGCCUUCCAAGACCAGGCCUCCCAGCAACAACAAGCCUUCCAGCAACAACAAGCCUUCCAGCAAUGGGUUAUGCCACCACAGGUUAUGCCACAGGGAGAUCUCCAACUGCAGGAUUUCCAACAUCCAUAUAUCCAUCAAUCUGGUGUUCAACAACAGGUUAUGCCACAGCAGUGUAUCCCACAACAGGGUGUCCCACAACAGGGCGUCCCACAACAGGGCAGCCCACAACAGGGUUUACAACCGCCUGCUAUGCAACAACCUCCUAUGCAACAAUCUCCUGUGCAACAACAGGUUGUGCCACAACAGGCUGUCCAACAACAGGAUGUCCAACAACAGGAUGUCCACCAACAGGAUGUCCAACAACAGGAUGUCCAACAACAGGCUAUCCAACAACAGGCUGUCCACGAACCAGCUGCCCAACCACAAGCUGUCCCACAGCAGGCUCUCCAACAACAGACCCACCAGCAAGUACAGACACCGGCUCAGACGUUCGAGGAAAAGAAGGCCGCCUUCCGCGAAAUCCCACACGCCCACCCAAAUCCUGUGGCAAGGCCCGGCCCAGGACGGAAGAAGAAGGCCCGCCCAUUCUGGCCGCCUGCAAACGCCGGUGAAGACCUCAAGGCAGAUUACGAGGAGCUUCACAUCGCCCACGAGAGGGUGGAGGGCGCCGAAAAGAAACUCAGCAUGAACAGGGACCCUUCCAAGGCUGUGCACUACCAGAAGAUGGUACUGCGCAACAUGCAAACUCGGGAAACUCUGUGGAACGCCUGCGAACUUGAGGAGAACGACCUUCCUGACAAUGCUCCUUUGGAAGAACACGAGUCGAAAAUGACAAAGCUCCACGAUUCAUACUUGGAGAGUUGCAACCGAUUGCAGACAAGGAGGAAUGAGCUGAUGGCUGAACACCCAGAGCUUGUGGAUCCUCAAACCCUUCAAUUCAAUGAGAGAGGCCUGAGCAAGAAGGAGAGGGAGAGCCUAACCUCGACGCGAAAUUGGAACAAUCGCUACAGUGCCAGGUUGUCGCGCACAUACACCAAGUUUUAUCUCGCACUGGAACGCGAAUAUCAGGGGUGGCCACUGUGCUACCAAAACCUCAAGCGCAUCCACAAAGCCCGUUGCUACAAUUUUGUGGCAGCCAUGAUGUGGCCUGAAGAUCCCCGUUCGCGGGAGGAAUUCUCAACCCUUGACGAGGCUGCAUGGUUUGCUGCCUGGAGCAGGUAUCAAGACAGGGACAAUGGACUACUUCCACCACAACAAAGUGCUUCAAUCGCCCACGAACAGUCUCAGACGCAGCCUGAUGCCCAGCAGGUCCAAAACCAACCAGCUGACCAUUUGAACGGGCAAGAAGCUGCCGCCGAGCCGGAUGACCUCCAAGACGCAAUGGAGUUUGCUCGCGACGACCUUGAAGAAGGCAAUAAGAUCCGAACGGCUAUGGCCGAGAUUCAAAACAUUCACAACGCUCCUGCGGGUGCUAACAACCAUCAACCACCGGCUGCCGGGACUGGAGACCUGGACGCCGAGCACGAAAUUGUGCCCGGAUACGGCGAAGAUGUCCAAGAUGAACAAGAAAAUGUCAACCUAUGUGACGUGCCUGGUGAGGAUCUCGAAGCCGAGAUAAAGAGAUGGACACCCGACGACGCUGAAGAAAGCAACCAAGACCAACCAAUGGCUAUCGGAGAUGGGAACCUGGACUCCGAAUACAGCGGAGAUGUUGCGAUGCCUGAUCAUUCUCCUCAGAACACAGAGGAAGGAAAGCAAGACGAGGCUUCCGAGGCUUCAGACGACUCACUUUUCGGGCCUGAAUAG